GCGAAAAAUAAGCCAAUCAAUGUUCCAAAUAAAUGCCCCUUCAAAGAAGAAAUCCUAAAUGAAGCGGAAAAAGAGCGCGAACGCAUUGAGACUGAGCGGCUGGAAAGGAAAAAAGCUGGGAAGCAGCCGAACGCAACACUGGUGGGUGGGAAGCGGAAACUUGAUAUUGCCAACGACUUAGAGGAGUUGGUUGCGAAGGCUUCCAAAAACGCGGAUGGCAUGCCGAACCGACUCAACGGGGAGGAUGAAUCGGAGAAAAAGUUAGAAGAAAUUCGUGAGAAGACACUGAAACAGUAUGCAAGUGAAGUGCGGAAAACAAUUGAAUCUGCAGAUAUCAUUAUUGAGGUUGUCAUCUCAUUAAUCUUAAUAUCUUGCGCGUAA